GAUGACAAUAUGGGAAAAGAAAAUACAACAUUGCUGAGAGAAUUUGUUCUCACUGGACUAAUACUUGCACCACGAUGGAAAAUCCCCCUGUUCCUGGUGUUCCUGGUGGUAUACUUCCUCACUGUUGUUGGGAAUCUUGGGUUGAUAGCUCUUGUUAGGCGAGACCCUCAUCUUCAUGUUCCCAUGUACCUUUUCCUUGGGAGUUUAGCCUUUGUUGAUACAUCUAUAUCAUCCAUAGUGAUUCCAAAGAUGCUGGUCAACUUCUUCACUAAGAAUAAAAUUAUCUCUCUUUCUGAAUGCAUGGUCCAAUUCUUUUCUUUCAAUAUCAGUGCAACUACAGAAUGUUUCCUCUUGGCAGCAAUGGCUUAUGAUCGCUAUGCAGCCAUUUGCAAUCCUUUACUCUAUCCAGUGAUAAUGACCAACCAGCUAUGCAUACGACUGUUAGCCCUGUCUUUUAUAAGUGGUCUUCUUCAUGCUUUAAUUCAUGAAGGUUUUUUAUUCAGAUUAACUUUCUGUAAUUCCAACAUAAUACAUCACUUUUACUGUGACAUUAUAUCAUUGUUUAAGAUUUCUUGUACAGAUCCUUAUCUUAAUUAUCUAAUUGUUUUUAUUUUCUCUGGUUCAAUCCAGGUAUUUACUAUUGCGAUUAUUCUUGUCUCUUACACAUUUGUUCUCUUUGCAGUUUUAAGAAAGAGGUCUCUCAAAAGCAUAAGGAAAACCUUCUCCACCUGUGGAGCCCACCUCUUAUCAGUGUCUUUAUAUUAUGGGCCUCUACUUUUUAUGUAUGUGCACCCUGCAUCUCCACAGAUAGAUGACCAAGACAUGCUGGUCUCUCUGUUUUAUACUGUCAUCAUUCCUGUGUUAAAUCCCAUUAUCUACAGCCUGAGAAAUAAGCAAGUCACAGAUUCACUAAGAAAAUUCUUAAAGAGGUAUAUUUAA